AUGGCUCCAAAGAAAAGAGUAGAGUCGGGAGCGGGAGCGGGAGCUGGAGCUGGUGAUGUGUCCGUCGCCAGCGCAUCGGGAGCUGCUGCGGGAGACCAAUCUACCACGGUGUUCGAUACGAGCGUCACUGCGCAGAUGAACACCGGAGAGGGUAUAGAUCAGUUCGAACUGGCUAGGUCUCAAGUACAGAAGGCUGCCAAGGGAGGUGUGAGUUGGCAAGUGGUGUGCGCUGGCUUUGAAAUGGACUAUGCUUGGUCGUACGAUGGCGUGGAGGGGAGCGAUGCUCGUGCUGCUUGCUCCUUUGCAGACGCGCUGACGAGAGCCGACUUCUCCCACCUCGCAUUGCAACCUCGAUCGCAGCUUCCUGCUUCUGUCCAGCUGCGCAAAGAAGUGCUCUUGGCGCUCAUGAAGGCAUCGACGGUGUUCAUCAGCUACACGAGUGAGUCGAGGCUUGUCAAGCUCCGUCCAGAAUCGAUUUUGAUUAAUUUGCCUCUUUGUCCAUCUGGUCUGGAAUCUGAGUAGCCGCUGCAGCUAGGGAAGUUGCAGAGGCGGAGGGACGCAAGAAUUUCAAUCCUUCGGAUAUCUUAAGGGUCCUCUCUUCGCCCGAGAUGACCACCUUUCACCACAACAGGACUGUCGUCGCGGAUCUGAGAAAGGACUUCGAAGGUGAGUUUGGGAAUUGUGUUGUUGCUCAACUACACACUCUUGGAAAGCGCUGACACGCAAUGAUGAUGUUGCUCGAUCGACCUAUUCACGCUUCUCCACUUGGGACAAGCUGCGAGCCGAAAGACGAAACAGGCUAGAGAAGAGGCUAAGGCGAAGAGGGCGAAGGCGGGGGAAGAAGCCAGAUUGGGCUCGUCAGGCUUAGCUCAAGUCGGUGAAGAGGAGAGGUCAAGGAUGGAGGUGGAUGGCGAUGAGGCAGGGGCGGCUGCGGCAGAGGAAGCAGAGGAGGCGGCAGAGGGAUCGGUGGAAGAAGAGGAGAACGAUGACAAUGAAGAGCAGGAGGGUGAUGAUGAUGAAGAUGAAGAAGAGAGUGAUGAACAGGCUGACGAGGAGGAGGAGGAUGCAGCUGAACCGAAGAGCCAGAGACAAGAGCAAGAAGAAGAGGAGGAGGAGGAGGAGGAGGAGGAAGAUUGAUGUCGGUUGCAGUGCGUCGUAGUACGCAAAGCUCUGCCAAUAGAUGCUGGUCGUGCAAUCACGAACACAGCCUCUCCGAACGCGAGUGAUCGACAAGUCCUGCGCUCGUUCACGCUGUCGUGUGGAGGCGCUCGAAGGUGUAUACCAACCAACACACCACGCAAGCUUAAGAUCAUGGAUCGUAUUGCAUCUGCUCGCAUUCUAGAAGUGGGCUGA